CAAGACGAACUAAUUCGCGCUUAGGGGACGAUGAGAUUGUCGCCGAUCUAGAGUCUCGCGUUACGUCAUUCGACGUUUCGCAGUGGUGGGAAGAGAGGAACGCGGCUGCGGUCUCGACCUCGAUGAUGGACCGAAAAGUCAAGAAGGAGCCUCUAGACAGUACCAAACUCCACAACCCGUACGCCGGUGUCCCCUACGCGUGGCAGUUGACGGAGACCGUCAAUGCCUUCCUGGAUCGUCUCCCUCCCGAGACGACGGAGCACAGCGAGCAGCUCCCGUGGAUUUUCGUCUGCAACCCGUACAUUCGCAGGAAGGAUAGGUUCAAUGCCCAGAACCAGCGAAGCAGAGGCAAUGAGGAUGAAGCACCCGAGGAGGAGGGCUCCCGACUUGAUACUCUCAUCGAGGGGGGCUCUGAAAGACUAGAGAUCCUGCUUAACUACAAGCAAGGACUCGAGAAGACCAAUAAGUCUAAGGCGUUACAGGCAAAAUUGCUGAGGCAAGAACAAGAAGAUACUACUCGAGAUAUCAUGGGCCUCGCGCACAUGUGUAAGAUCAAGGCCGGCAAGUGGAUGCUCUUCUGUCAGCCCAAGGAUGUCAACGAAGUCUGGAGCGUCAUAGCGAGGGCCACGGCCAAUAACGAGCUGGGCAUUGCCGCGAAAGUCGCCCCGUGGAAUCCGUAUACGGACCCUACCGGUCGAAAAGACCGAAUCGUAUGCGUCUAUACAGCCGAUUUCAGUGACAUGGCAGAUGUCACCCGGGUCUUGCGUCGGCUGAGAGAGCUCAAGCUCGUUGAGGCCAUGGGACGUCCCAUCUACUACAAACCAGAUGCGUUCACAUAUCUCGGUAUUGCUCACGGCAACCAUUGGGGGUUGAAAGCCUCGAUUUACGGUUCUAGGGAUAUGUUGUCCUAGACAGCCAUCAGUCCCCCGCGUCUCAAGAGGAGCUUAUGUAUGGUUCACUUGAUUGCGCAGGUAUGUGUAGCAGUAGGCUUGAGAUGGCCAGAGAGACUAGUACUCAGCCCAGCGUUUGUAUGCUGUCGGGGGUGAGAAAGGACAGCCAGCUGGACUGGUUCGAAUCAACGAAAGAAAAGAGUAUUCGUUUGUCACCAAGGCUGAGAA